AUGAUAGUCUUCAUUUUACUGGUUAUAGGACUAUGCAUAGAAAAUGAAUCUGCUUCCCAAACCAUUGAUUGCAUAUAUUUAAGGGAGCAGUGCCUAAGUGAUGCAAAUGAAUGUCAGCAUUCCUGGAGAACAAUGGAAGAUGUCUGCAGAGUUUCAGAUAAGCUCUGCAAAAUGAAGGAUGCAUCUGACUGUAACCUGAGAAUCCAGUCCUUCAUGGAAAGCAAUGUCCAAUUCAAAGAUUGUCUCUGCACUGAUGACCUCUAUUGUACGCUUAACAAAUUGUUUGGAGAAAAGUGCACCAAUGAAUCAGAUAACAUGGAAGAGGAUAAUACAUUCAAGUGGAAUCUGAGUACACUUUCCUAUCAUGAAACCAAAGGAAUCCAGUCCUGUUUAGAAGUGACAGAGGCGUGUGUAGGGGAUGUGGUCUGUAAUGCACAGUUGGUCCCCUACCUUAAAGCUUGCUCAGCAAAUGGAAAUCUGUGUGAUGUGAAACACUGCCAAACAGCCAUACGGUUCUUCUAUCAAAACAUGCCUUUUAACAUUGCCCAGAUGUUGGCUUUCUGUGACUGUGCUCAAUCUGAUAUACCUUGUCAGCAGUCCAAAGAAGCUCUUCACAGCAAGCCAUGUGCAGUGAACAUAGUUCCACCCCCUACUUGCCUCCAUGUAAUUCACAGCUGCCGACAUGAUGAAUUAUGCAGGAGGCGCUAUCAAACAUUUCUGUCAAAAUGCUGGCAGAAUAUCACUAGCAGCUGCCAGGAAGAUGAGACCUGCAUCAGUACCUUCAACAAGCAGGACCUCACUUGCUCAGGAAGUGAUGACUGCAAAGCCGCUUAUAUUGGUACCUUGGGGACAGUCCUUCAAGUGCAGUGCACCUGUAGGACCAUUGCCCAAAGUGAAGAAUCUCUGUGCCAUAUUUUUCAGCACCUGCUUCAUAGAGGAUCCUGUUUCAGUCACCUGACCCUGUCCAGUGUCAACAGCAUUGUGCUGCCUAAAAGAAAACAUGCAAAGGAAACCACUCUAAGUGGAUUUCAUUCCUUCUUCAAUGGAGAAAUCAUCUAUGGUGUCUUGUGCAUGGCAGUUACCUGUGGAAUCCUUCUUUGGGUUGGGCUCAAACUGAGAAACUCCAGAAUAUCAAAUCAAACAAGAAAUCGCUCACCAAUCCAUAUAACUAGAGGACUUACAGUUCAUCAAGAAUCACAGAUCAUUAACAACCGUUUUCUUUUAUGCAAGUCUUUGUAG